AUGGCACCGGAGCGACCUCUAUCAUCUUCGCCGAGCACUCCGUCAACUAUGGAGCUGAUCCGCACGAGCGAGAACCCCGACGUGUCAGAACACAACGAGUAUGUUUUAAUUCAGCCAAGCGAUUUCGCCAACAAGGCCGAAUCUAUCAGUCGGUCCAUAAAGCAGACACAGCAGCUUCAGGCUUCAGCCCUGGAGCUAUCAAAGCCUGCUCGUGUCACCUCAUCAACGACGAGUGGGCUUGGGAGCGAGCUCCUCAGCCUGCCUGUGACUUUUUCACUUGUCACAGUCAUAACUCACCUUGCCAAUGACAACCCUGAAGGCGCCAAGUCUGUUGCCCUGCACAACUUGCAGAAAGCUCGAGCGUUGAGCAAUCAGGACCUCAUCGCCCGCUGUCAAUAUUGGAUGGGCCGUGUUGAACUUGAAUUCAAAAGGCCCAAGGUAGCGCACCAGCUGUUCACCUCCGCACGAGCCUGUCUUAUGAAUGAUGAUACUCUGGAGAGUGAGACGGUGCAAUUUUAUAUUGAAAUGUCGAAGCGUCUCCAGUGUAAGCGUCAGGGAAUAGGAGAACGACAGCAAGAUCGAGAAUCCCUUCGUGCGCUCAAAAACGAGCAUUCCACGAAGCGCAUCAGACAAUACUCUCCAUUGCAAAAGAAGCGCAAACGAGAAUUCCUGCCGUGGAAGGUUGUCCUUCGACCGGCUCCAGAGAACAAGUUCAAGGGCCAUUUGCAGCGCUCAACGCCCACCACUCCUCGAAAGGCUCCUGCCCGAAUCAACGAAUGGAUUAUUAGGGAUAUGCCAGACCUGAGUCUGCCCUCUCGUGAGACAGAUAUCGACCAUGGAUCAAACGAUGUGCACAGUGACAGGCUCAGCGAGGAAGCGUCGAGGUGUGAACCUCUUGGACCCAAGCCCACAUUGCAAGCGGACUUCACAAUGAGAUGUUUCCCUGUUGGAAUCGCACCGCGAACUCGUCCAACGAACAUCUUUCCAAAGCUUCCUACGGAAAACCUGUUAUCCCCAACGGAAUGGGAGUCAUUGAAAUCUGCCAUGAGUAAGCGAGCUGUUACUAUGGCCUAUCUCGCGGAAGAGAGAGAGAGAGAGAGAGAGAGCUUGAGCUAUCGCCAAGAAUAA